CAGGACAUCAGAGAAGUUAUUCUUCUUACUAAAGGAGCAGUAGGGGUGAGCAUGGCAGCUUGGAAUAAAGGGCUUGGCAGGGAGUAGUGCUGAACUCAUGUUGCCUCUCAGAAUGGCAAAUUAUUCCAUCUACCACAAUGCAAAUUUUCAGUCAUUUGUCAGACAAGAUUAUGGUGCUCCGAUUGUGAAGAAUGACUAUGAGGAGAUUAUAAACCAAGCACGAUCAGAUCGAGACCAAGAAGUUAAAAGGAAACUAAAGAACGCCACAAUAUAUGCAGGGGAAUUUGGCCAGAAACAACUGGAUGGAACCACUCGCUCAAAGAUAAGGCCCUGCUCUCCAACCAGGAAGAACAAUCCGCACCCCCCACAGAUCUUUAUGAUAACCAAGCUCCACAACCAGCCAGGAUACUAUGACUGUGAGAAAAAGACACAAUCAAAAUCAGGUAACUCCAGUUUAUACCUGCAACAUAAAGACAUUCUAACUGGCAAGAAAAAUAAGGUGCUGAUAUUCAGUGAUCAAAGCUUAUGUUUCGCAGCAGAGGCCUGGAUGAAACUAGCAAGUGAUAAAGAUCGUGCCGCAGUGCAGAAAAUGAUGGACUUUGUAACUGAGAAUCAUAAAAAGCACAAAGAAAUUUCUGACAAAAGGAGGCCUCUCUGUCAGACCUUGGUCCAGCUGGUGAAACCUGAAUUCUCUGUCUCAGCCCACCGAUGGCUGAAGGAGGCAGGAGCAGAUGAAGUAGCCAGUGUGGAGAAACUGAUGAACACCUUGUCAACAGCUCCCAAGCAGCAAGAACCAAAAGAAAGAGCUAGGCCACUGACUUUCCAUAGAGCUGAGUACAUUGUCCACCCUGAGUGGAGAACACACAUCUGAUAACUUUCACCUUCUGAAUUGUUUUCAUUUGAUCCUUAUGAAAUAACCCAAUGGAAAUGGUGGAGCAGCUUGCAGAGGAGGGGGUUAGUAAAGUUGAGAAUGAUCUCACAAAUUCAUGCUGAGAUGACGAACAAGCUAAAGGGAUUGAAGAGCUUGUUCGUGUAUCCCCACUCCUGGCUCUACCUAAGCUGAUCAGAAAACCCUGCGCUACACUGAUGAGCCCCAAAAAGGGCGAAACCGGUCUGUAGUUGGGAAUCUGAUCAGCUAUUAUCCUGGCUUCUGCUUUAAACCCAGUGGGUGAGCUUUAGCCUAUAGGAUAAACCCAUGUAAAUGGGACAAAGCCCAUUUAAAUUGACUUUUCUAGGAUCCUUAAGGAAUUUCUUCCCAGAAUCCUGUUAUGACAUGCUGAGAUGAGAAAUCUUAUACUAAACUAGAAAGGGAGGUUUCAGAACAAACUUCAUGUUGGGUUGAAGUCACUGAAUGAAAUGUGGCUGUUGUUGGCUCCACCCUGUUUUUCUAACCUUGGACCAUGUUAUAUAGUAAAAACCACUGUGCAAAGUUUAGGGACCCUGGAUUUAAUAGUGUCUGAAUGGCAGCAAUUUUUUAAAUUUCAAGCUGAAACUUGGUCUGAAACUUUGCUAUUGCCCAGGUCAGAACCCUUCAAUAAAGACAUUUAAGAAGAUA